AUGUCUUCCCAGAGCUCAAACCCGCCUCUCCUCGAUCACAUCGUGAUUCUGGUCCCCCACCAAGUCCUCGCCUCCCUCCCCACUUGGCUCUCAACCGAAUUCACCAUCCUCACAGGCGGCCGGCACGCUGACGGCCUCACGGAAAACAAGCUCGUCAUCUUCGCAGACGGCACCUAUCUGGAAAUCAUCUCCUUCGUCGCGGGCAUCAGCCGGGAAGACCGCCUCAAGCACAAGUGGGGUCCGAAGCCGGACGGCACCAUCAUCGACUGGGCCUAUUCCCUCAAGGACGAGUCCGGCUUCGCCGAGAUCCAGAAACGGGUGCACGCCGCGCAGUCGCUGGCCGUGUACGAGGACCCCGUGCCCGGCGGGCGCAUCAGGCCGGAUGGCGAGGAGCUGAAGUGGGCCGUUGCACUCCCGGAUAGCGCUGCCGGGGCCGGAGCCGGAAAAGUGGAGAGGGGCGAGUUGCCGUUUUGGUGCUUUGACCGAACGCCGCGGAAGCUUCGUGUGCCGGAUCAUGUUCCCGAGAAUGUGAAGCACCCGAACGGAUCACUCGGAGUUCAUUCAGUCUCGCUUCACGUGAGUAGCGAGGACUUCAAGAAGGCCUACGCUGGCAUCAACGACCGCGCGGCGGAGGAGGGCGGCGAUGGUGUUGGGCGGUGGACGUUUGAUGUUCCCGUUCGUCAGUUUGACGAUCCUAGAUAUCUGAACGUUGAAACCAUCUCUAGCAAGCAGGGUUCUAGACAAGCUAUCCGCUUCGCUUUGUAUACCGCCGCGGGUACGACAAAGCGGUCUAUCGGCGGCGAACUUGGUGGGGGCGUCUCUGUUGAGAUUGAUUUAAUUCCCGUGUCCGGUGGCUCUUCCUAA